AUGGCUGGAACUCCCUCUCCUUGUCAAGGGGUGCAAGCUGCCGCUGGCACGGAGAAGGAGGAAGUGAGGGGAAGAACAGCCUUUCCCCUCAGAAAUUCCUCUGCAGAUGGUACCGGCUUCUCCGAUGAAAUCCGAGCCUCGCGCGCGGGGCUGGCGGGGGGACCCGGACGGGCGGCCGCGCCCUCCGGCGGCGGCGGCGCGGCAGCAGCGACUCUCCCGAUCGGUUUUCCGCUCGUGCUCGAUUUUCCACUCGCUCUCCCUCUCGGUCUCGCACUCCCUCCCUUCCCCUCCCCUCCGCUCCCUCUCUCCGCCUUUCCCGCCCUCUCCCGGCACGGCUCGUCCCGCCGCCCCUCGCCGGGGCCAUCCCCUCGCCUCCCGUGCCCGGCCCGCCGCGGUCUCGCCUCCGCGGGGUUUUCACCCUACGGGCUGUGGCGCUGCUGGGCGGGCCGCCGCAGCAGCACCGUCUUUUGGCUCCGCCUGGCCCGGGUCCUGUCCCCGCCCCGGCUGCGGCUCCUCCCGGAGCUGCUCCGGCCCCGCCCGGGGUCGCUCCGUCGCUGCUCCCGGCCAGCCCCGCUGCCGCCCAGCUCCCGCCGCCUCCUUUGCGGGCUCCCCGGCCCGAGCUCCGCCGCUCGGCAGCUCGGCCGCCCGCCCCGAGCCGCCCGUGUCCGGUGCAGCAGACCGGGAAGCAGAGCCCCGGGAGGUUGGGGCCCUCGGGCGGAACGCGGGGAGCGCAAUGUCUCCCGCACGGCCGGAGAAGCAUCCCCUGGAGCAGCUUUACCGGGAGGGCCCGCUGCUGGGGAGCGGCGGCUGCGGCAGCGUUUACUCGGGGUCACGCCUCGCGGACGGCGCCCCGGAACACCAGAGUACAGCCCACCAGAGUGGAUCCUCUUCCACUGCUACCGUGGCCAUUCAGCAACAAUCUGGUCCCUGGGUAUCCUGCUCUAUGAAGUGGUCUGCAGGGACCUUACUUUCUACAGUGAUGAGGACAUUGUCCGGGGCCAGCUUUUCUUCCCAUCCACGUGUCUCAUGGCAUUAAGAAGCCAAGAAAAGCAGACGGUUUCCCUGUGACUGUAGCAGAGUAGGGAGCACAGCUGAUGAGAUGCUUCUGCCGGUGCUGGGGGAAGUUGUGGAGGAAGUGGCUGAGCGCUCUCCAUCGUAUUUGAGAAGUCUUGGCAGUCUGGUAAAGUUCCCACACACUGGAAAAGGGGAAACAUUCCCCCUGCAUCUUAAAGGCAUCGUGGUCCUCCUGCAAACUGGGGCACAACUGUGGUGUCCUGGAACAUGACAUCAAGCUGGAGAAUGUCAUCGUGAGAUAUGGGCACCAGUGGGGCGAAGCUGAUUGGCUUUGUUUGCAGCACCUUCCUUGAGGACACGCUCUGCACCCAGAUGAAAAAAGAUGAAAGAUGAAAAAGACCCGGUCGGGGCUGGGGGGAUGCUCCCAGUCCCAGGCAUUGAGGGCUCAGCCUGGCUGGGCACCAGAGGUUCCCUGCUUUGCUGGGGUUGAGGAGAGUGGGAUUAAUUUUUCAGCUGGCUGCCAAGUAGCUUUUUGGUGGGGGAGAGGGUGGAUAUUAUGGAAUGGGAACCAUGCUGACUCUUGGCCUUGGUGACAGCCUCUGCCAGCCACCCUGGCCCAGGCUGGGGAAGCCAGCCCGACAAAAACAUGGCAAGGUGGCAGAGGACGGAGUUCCGCACCCACGUGCCGGCCGUUUUCAUUUGCAGGCCCUUGAGGAAGGGCUGGGAAAGUUGGGAUUUUUCCCUGCCUAUGGGAAGCUUUAUUCCUCGCUUGGAGUAGUCAAACCUUCCCCAGGCCUGUGAUACAUUGAUAACAUUUUACAUUAUUCUUGUUUCCAAGUCUUGGUUUUAAUUUACUUUCAUGCAAUUGUUAUUUGUUUUUUAAAGGAAGAUUCUACCAUGUGCCUGGACCAGACUGGGAAGUGCUGGGACUGUGGAGUGGAUUGAUCCCACUGCCAGUGCUACUCUGGCCAUGACCCUUCAAGACGGACAAGAACAUUAUCUGGGAUCAGCUUCUCUUCCAGCAGUGGGUCUCUUGAGGUGGGUACCCAGCUUCAUGGCAUGGGUGCCAGAACGGGUUUUGGAAGAUGGCAGCAGGCACACGAGCAUUCUGCUCUUGCAGAAUCAACUGAGGAGGUUGAUCUCCCAUGGUUAGCUGGAGGAGGUGGCUGGCACAUCCUGCCAUCCUGCUCUCCUCCAAAACAGAGAAUGGACUGGGAGGUCUGGGCUCUGAGCACACCCAGCGGCAUGGCCUGGGCACUGCGGACAGUGGGACAGGGUGGACAGGAGCCUUCUCCCACUGUCUGUUGGCUUCUGGUUUCUCUCCCCAGGGGCCCAGCACCUCAUCACAUUGAAACAGCAUCAUCGGCCUGCAAAUUUGGGGGGCAGGGGGGUGUUUAUUUGCUGUCAAAAAUAAAUCUUUUUUUUUGUAA